AAGGUCCGUGCUUCUUGCUUAUCGCGCGGCAAGGGUAACAGUCCUUGGACAGCGUUCGCCGGCGAUGGUUGUCCUGAUGGCCUACUUGGGUUUCGCGCUUCCGGCGGGUAUGGUGAAAUAGGGUGUCCAAGUGUGUAAAAGUGCUACCUAUCUGUUUAAAAGGCUAGAUAUGAGAGGGUGGAUACCGAAAUAAUUGAUCGGUUGGUAAGCAUUAUUUGGAGACGUGCGUUUGAAUGAUAAUGAUAAAGGCGAUACGUAUGGAUAUUGUGGAAGAGUGAAAAAAGCGAAACUGUUUAAUUGAUCACAAAUUAAUUGUAAUUGAUGAAGCUUGCCUGUUUUUAAUAAGCUCAUUAAUACACAGAGUGGAAGAAAGUGUACAUGCAUCUUGUUCGCGGUUUUAUCAGCAGGAUCCUAAUCUACAAAGUGAGAAGAAUUUGUUAUGCCACACUGAUAAAUAGGACCGAAGAAAUUGACAUUAUUCUAUGCAGCCAUCUUCAUACCAGAAGUAUAUUGUACGAUUGCGAUGUGUGAAAACAAUCAGUCUCAAUCAGUAUCUCACUCCAUCCUUUAUAUUAGAUAACGUGCGAAAAGCUCUGCCUGGUGAUCCUAGUAUAGGUGAUUAGUGGUAUUAUGUUCAUUGAAAAUCGGAAUACUGUGACGGGUUCGAAAUUGAAUUAAUUGGGGAAUUGUUUGACGCAAUAUUGCAACCGAUCUAUUUAGAUUUUGAUUUAUGAUGGCAUAUCCUAGUUGUAGUUAGAUUGAUGACCUACAUAUUGUUUAGGUUAGUCCAGUGUGAUUUGGAAGGUGUUGUGUAUUUGGCACCGUUACAAAAAAGUUUGUGUUUCGAUUACGUGUCUAGUGAAAACGGAUAAGUGUAGAAAGACACCAAUUUCAAUAACUUUUGGCGUAGUUCAAAAUCAGUUCAAAUGGAUAUAUGCUGAAAAUUCUGCAAAAAGCUCGCAGUAACGAAAAUAAACAACUACUUAUUACUUCCGCCGGAAAGGAUAUUAUAGUGUGAAAAACGAGCUCUAAAAUGCACCACACUUCACGGGAUCGGUUGUGCAAUAAAAAAUAUACUCGCGCUGUAGUCCACACGUUUUAUAACAAUUGUUUCCUGGGCUCGUCUAUCAUUUUUUGCGAUAUUGGAUACUACAAGUGCUGGUUGUGUUUCGUGUUUUCUACCCCGAAGGUUAGUGAUCCGACAAGAAUCAGUUAACGCUAGGCAACGCAUCCUCUCACAACGGGUCGAGCUUCAGCCUAGAUCAGUCCGAAGGAAUACAGAAAAAAAAGUUAUUUAACCUGUUGCGAUAAUUUAUGGCCAUUUGCUGUGACAGGCACAAGUGAUUUGUGGUUUGUGUAUUAUUGUUCCUCUUUCCGUGAAACCUUGCAAGCGGUGUUAAAACAACAUGAGUGAAACCGUAGAGCUGGAACGGCUGAUCAACUGCACCCAUGCGACGCUUCAGCGGUUCCCAUGGUCUUCCGCAAUCAACACGACUAUGAUUGGGGAGCUGAACCGGACAGAGAUUUUGGAUGUACUGGGCGAGAUGAUAAUGCGGGGGCGAAGCCAGGUGCCCGUAGGAGGUGAUUCGGUUACGCUGAGAGAAUUCAUAACCGAGUGCUUGUUUCCGACUACGAAAAGCCCAUACGAGUUGCCCUGGCAACAGAAGAUGGCCUGGGGUGUGGUGUUCGGUGCGAUGCUGCUGGUAGCCAUCACCGGGAACUGUAUCGUGCUGUGGAUCGUUCUGGCCCACCGGCGGAUGCGGACCGUGACCAACUACUUCCUGCUGAAUCUAAGCGUCGCAGAUCUGCUCAUGUCAUCGCUGAACUGUUCGUUCAAUUUCAUCUUUAUGCUCAACUCGGACUGGCCGUUCGGGGCUGUCUACUGCACCAUCAACAACUUCAUGGCCAAUAUGUCGGUGGCGUCGUCCGUGUUCACCCUGGUCGCCAUCUCGCUGGAUCGAUAUAUUGCAAUCGUGCACCCGCUGCGGCACCGGACUUCGAGAAAGAAGGCUCGCUUGUUCCUGCUCAUCAUCUGGGUUCUGAGCUGUGUGCUGGCCGCUCCCUGUCUAAUGUACUCGACUGUGAUGACGAAACGUUACCAUAACGGCAAAACGAGAACGCUUUGCUACAUGCUUUGGCCGGAUGGGCGAUAUCCGACUUCCAUGGCAGACUACAUCUACAACCUGGUGUUCCUGGUGCUAACCUACGGCAUCCCGAUGCUGAUCAUGAUCGUUUGCUACACACUGAUGGGUCGAGAGCUGUGGGGCAGCCGGUCGAUAGGAGAACACACCGAGCGGCAGCUGGAAUCGAUGAAAUCCAAGAAGAAGGUGGUACGUAUGUUCAUCAUCGUGGUCACCAUCUUCGCCAUCUGCUGGCUGCCGUAUCAUCUUUUUUUCGUGUACGCCUACCACAACAACCAGAUGACGUCUUCCAGUUACGUGCAGCAGCUCUAUUUGGGUUUCUACUGGCUGGCGAUGUCCAACGCGAUGGUCAAUCCGAUCAUCUACUAUUGGAUGAACAGCAGAUUUCGAGUGUACUUCCAGGAAAUCAUCUGCUUCUGCUGCCUGCAGUUCAUCAACACGCGCAUGAAGAAUGGUGGCCCCCAGGGAGUGCUGUUGAACAAAAACUCCAACUCGGAACUUGGCCGGUACCGGUCCUACCGGCAGCGUUCGCUAUCGGUUCGAUGGCGGCCGCAGUUUCACAGCGCCGAAGAGUUCCGGAUGCGCGUUGACGGUGAGCCGACUCAGCUACGGAAUCAUCAUCACGGGAGCGGAACUGGACCACCCUGCCGGUCGGUACUCAGCGUAAUGAACGUGCUGGACAAUAACAACAAACCGCUGCAGCAGCAGCAGCUGCAGCAGACGGACCCGACAGCGGCGGUAAUGGUGACGGAUGUAACCGAGCUGCACGCACUAAGCUUCAUUCCCCGACUGUCGAGCUGCUCGCAGGACCUCACAUCCCAGGCCGGGAGCAGCAUCAAACUGCGGGAGCACUCGUCCAGCAGUCACGCCAGCCACGAGUACUCUUGACAUCCGCAGUAUGAUUAAGGCAGGAGGAGCGGAUUCGAUGGUUCGAUGGGUGCUUUAGUGUUAAGAUUAAGUAGAUAAUUUAGGACAUUUUGUAGCUUAUGUGUGUUUGUGUGCUGUGAAGCCCUAUUAGCUGGGCGGGGAUGCAGUUCAGAGGUUAGAAACGUUUAAUUUGUAAAAUGUUCGUUUUUAACUCCAAUGGAAGCGUUGGACGCGGUGUAACAAUAAGAAGAUUUUUUAAAAAUGCUAUAGUAAGCCCUCCGAUAGGCGCGUUGUUAUACGCCUACAUUUAGGCUGCAGCUCUAAACGAUUCCGCCUCAAUUUCACAAUGUUGUGCGACUUCCGAAGGGUUAACAUAGAUUGCUGAUGGCGAUGAACAACAAAUCAUACUCUUCAGAUUGCCAAAUCCGACAAUUUUACAUUUGACAAUGUUUUCGUUUCCACGUGCUCUAAACCGAUGUAAAAAGGGAUAAACUUAUUCCAUAUAAGUUUGAAUAAGUAAGGCCAACUACACCGAUUCAGUGCAGUGUAAAAACGUUAAUACUUUAAGUGAAAAAUGACCUGGUUUUGAGCUGGUUCUGGAAUCGAAUCCCGAAGCAAACAAGCAAUCUGUAAGCCAUUGGAGAUUUGGUACUUUAUUUUGUUUAUUAUACCAAUCUGAAUUAAAGUUGUAGGUAUGAUGGUGCAAUUACAACUAACCGUAGCUAGGGAAUGGGGAGAAAAUAUGGAAAGUGUGUGUCUCGUUGUUCGCUGCAAUUUCGUUCAUUGAAGUAAGUGCCGUACAAACAUUUAUGAAGCAGCUCCCGUAAAAGUUUAGAUUUUCAAUAAUAAUAGAAAUACGUGCGAAGCCAAAGAACAAUGCAAAUGAGAGUUUUACUCUCCUAGAUAAUACAUUGAAAUAAUUGAUAACUUUGUUUUGUGCCAAAGUAGUGUAUUUGAAAAACACCGACACGUACUCUGUUGCAUUAUUUCGAUUACCAGCGUGCUCAACUUUUCUGUUGAAUAUUCAGCAUCGGAUUAGUAAAUAGUUGUAGUAAAUGUACGAAUUGAAAUGGUCGCGUGGAAUGUCGUGCGGAAUAACGAACUACGGAUUAAAUUCUCAACCUAGUUAUAAAAACAUCCCUGAAUAAGACAAAACUACCUAUUCUGUUACAGUAGGAAUUGUUGAAAAGAGGAUUUCUUUCGGCAGAAAAUGGGGAAAAACGAUAUCAUUUACUUAUAGCGACUUAGUGGAAAGGUACGUGUGUAGUGGAAAAGGAAAAAUA